AUGUGUAUAUCCCUAUCUAUCUAUCUAUCUAUCUAUCUAUCUAUCUAUCUAUCUAUCUAUCCCAUCAUUUUCAUAUCUAUCUAUCUAUCUAUCUAUCUAUCUAUCUAUCUAUCUAUCUAUCUAUCUAUCUGUUGUUGGAUGCCUACCAAUCUGUUGAUAUCUAUCUAUCUAUCUAUCUAUCUAUCUAUCUAUCUAUCUAUCUAUCUAUCUAUCUAUCUAUCUAUUUGUUCUUGGAUGCCUACUAAUCUAUCUAUCUAUCUAUUUUUUUCUUUGUUCUUGGAUUCCUAUCUAUCUAUCUAUCUAUCUAUCUAUCUAUCUAUCUAUCUAUCUAUAUCUUUUUUCUCUUUCUCCAGCCGAAAAUAUGCUAUCUAUCUAUCUAUCUAUCUAUCUAUCUAUCUAUCUAUCUAUCUUCUUGUGUUACUUCCUUUCUUUCUCUCAAUCGAUCGAUCUAUCUAUCUAUCUAUCUAUCUAUCUAUCUAUCUAUCUAAGUCUUUUCCUUAUCGUUAUCUACGUCAGUUCAUAUCUAUCUAUCUAUCUAUCUAUCUAUCUAUCUAUCUAUCUAUCUAUCUAUCUAAGUCUUAUCGUUAUCUACGUCAGUUCAUAUCUAUCUAUCUAUCUAUCUAUCUAUCUAUCUAUCUAUCUAUCUAUCUAUCUAAGUCUUUUCCUUAUCGUUAUCUACGUCAGUUCAUAUCUAUCUAUCUAUCUCUCUCUCUCUAUCUAUCUAUCUAUCUAUCUAUCUAUCUAUCUAUCUAUCUAAGUCUUUUCCUUAUCUUCAUUAUCUAUCUAUCUAUCUAUCUAUCUAUCUAUCUAUCUAAAUCUUUUCCUUAUCGUUAUCUACGUCAGUUCAUUAUCUAUCUAUCUAUCUAUCUAUCUAUCUAUCUAAGUCUUUUAAUUAUCUAUCUACGUUGGUUCAUUUUUUAUCUAUCAAUAUUUGUUCAUUAUCUAAGUUUGUUCAUUAUCUAUCCAUCUAUCCAUCUAUCUAUCUAUCUAUUUAUUGAUGCCGGUCAUAAACUGAAAGAAGUUGAUCCAGACCUUUUUUCGAAGGUCAUCACUACGACUCGGAAACGAAGCAGCAAUCAAGUCAGUGGAAGCAUCCAACGUCACCACGACCCCCAAAAAGCGCGUCAAGUGAAGUCCAAUGUCAAGACGAAGCUGAUUUGUUUCUUUGAUGUGAAAAGAAUUCUCCACAAAGAAUUUCUUCCUCCUGGUCAAACUGUUAACCAGGCUUUUUUAUUUGGAAGUCCUCAAGCUACAGGAUCUAUCUAUCUAUCUAUCUAUCUAUCUGUUGGGAGCUAG